GCGGCAGGGAGAGGGGGGAAACGUAACCAUCCCGGGCGCAGCAGUGCGGUAUCAGAACCGCACCAUGGUCUGUUUCCGCACCGCGGAAGAGCUUGGGUCAGGGCACCCGGAGGCAUUGGGAUAGUAGGGGGGGAGGAUGGACUUCUCUCCUGUGGAUCCCAUGCGCUGCGCCAUAACUUUCUAAUAGUCCCUACAACGGGUACCAUACUCGAGUACUACGAGUGUCGUGGGUGCGAGGCUUCGGCCUCUGCGAUACGGUAGGGUUGCUGUCUUAUUGUUGGGAUUCUGGGAGGUGGUUGAGGGGUGGUGGGGGUGGGUGGACGAGAGGGGUGCCCCGGGUCCCUGAUUGAUUUGAUGGCUUAUUCCCUCAGUUUCAGCUCGAUUUUGGCCUCGAGAACGGUGGAAGCAGGAGCGUUGUGCUCUACCGGGUCUACCCUACAGUACCUGUCCCCUACGUGCUACCAUUUAUCGCGGUUACGCGCGAGCGGUUCCGUGUCCCCGGCUGGGGGAGGAGGGGAGGUGUGUGGUGUGGUGGACUGGUUCGAUGUAUGAUACUGCACUGUAAG